GCAGGGAUCGGGCGGCGCGCGCGCGGAGUGCAAGCGGGAAGCCGUUGGCCGUUGGGCACUACCUGGGCUUCCCGUACUACCUGAAAAUCAAUCUAACCUGCCUCACUCAGGUACAGUAAAGAGAUCUCGUUGCAAUUGGAGAGUGCAGCCACCAGGGUCUUCAUGUGCCCCUGCUGCUCUUAAAAAUUGGUAUUGUUAGUAAUAACCGUGUAACGUUUGUGGUCUAAUUAAUUGUACAUGUUAUUCUUUACACUGGAAAGAUUUCUUAUUUUAUUGACAUGACACUUCCAGAUAACCAUGUGACUGGACUCUCACUAGUCUAACAUUUUAACGGUCACAACUGCGGCGGCUGUGAAUUUGGUAUGGCCGCAAAACACCAUGAAUCCGGAAAUGACUGAAAAAACAGCCCCACCUGGUGUUCUUUGGAGGUAUCUGUCUCAGGCCUGGUCUAUGCUGGAAGUGCUUUGCACCACAGUAUAGGAAUACAGGUCCAAAACACCAACAAGGCGCUCGUAGGGUGGAUGCAGUAAACCCACCACUGCUGGCAAGGGAAACAGGCUGUAGUGGGAAGGGCAUAGUUUUGUUGGCAGAGUUGUGUCUACAUUAGGGACUUCUGCUGGCCCAACUCUGUCAGUCAAGGAUCACCCCUCUUCCCACCCACAUGGCCUGGCCUCAGGUACUUACAUGGUGCCCAUCACUGUAGUAGCUGAGCAUAUCGUAAUUUUUAAUGUGUUGAUCCCCACAACACUCCUAUGAGGCAGGGAAGGGCUAUUUUCCCCAUUGUACAGAGCGGCUAAGGGACUUGUCCAAGAUCACAUAAGGAGUCUGUGGCAGAGCCAGGACUGGAACUCAUGUCUCCCAAGUCCUUGGUAUGUCCUUUGCCCUAACCAUGGGGCCCUCCUUCCUCCCCUCAUAUAAUGUGCUGCAUCCGUCAGCCUCAGGACACUUUACCAACAAGGGUAAGUGUCCCUAUCCUCAUCUCAUAUGUGGGGAAACUGAGGCACGGGGCAGCAACUUGCCCAGUGCCACACAGCAAGGCAGUGGCAGAGCAGGGAAUGGCUCCAGCAUUCCAGGCUAGCACCCCCCAAGAACUGCACUAGAGGGCUUCAAGCAGGGGUCGCGUGUGAUCCUCCAAGCCAACAAAAGCUGCGCUGGCUCAGUGCUCGGGGCGGGGAGUUCAGCCCCUCAGUACGGUAGCUCCUUUCUUUCCUCUCUUCCUUCCCUCCAGGAUGCGGUGAAAGUCAUUCGCAAGGCUCACCUGACUGGGCUGCGGCCCAUUGUGACUGUAAGGUUCGAAGCAUCCGUCAAUCCAGAGCAUCAGAAACCCGAGCAGCUGCAGAUUGAGAUGAAAGGCGCCCCUUACCGGCUCCAGGGGCCUUGUGCCAGUGAAGAGGUUUGCCAGAUGUGCUGGUACACGCCCAUGCCAAUGAUGAAGAGGAGUGUGAUGAUGGAGGUCCUGGUGGAGAGCAAUGGCCUGGGCCUUGAGGUGGACAGCAAGAGAUUUUUGAUGAAUAUUAACGGCUACAUGAAGAAAACUGAGACCGGUUUACAGUCUUCCCUAGGAGACAAGGUUACAACACUGGUGGAGGUAAUGUCACUGUACAGCCCGACUCGUCCCAUUUGGUCCACCUUCAAUCAAGCCCCUGUGCUGAUCCUCGGGGGAUUCCACGCUUACAAAAUCAUUCUGGUUUCAGACUCGGAGUUUGCGGAUUUCACUGCAGUGGAGGUGGCGAUCGACAGCUGCUGGAUCGGGUCCCUGAACUGCCCCCUGUACAUGUUCUCCUCCUCCAUUUACGAUGCCAUCGCUAUGGAAAGUGUGCUGUUCAUCCGUCAGAACCAGCUGGUCUAUUACUUCACUGGGAACUAUUCGGUCCUUUCUCCUCGUGUGCCGGGAUCCAGCCUCUGGACCCGUGUGCUGAACGACAUCUGCGUGUCACAGUUAAACCCUGUGCAUUUCCCCCACAAUGGCUCCGAGUAUGUGAUUGCUGUAGGAGGGGGAAUGCACGAAGGAGAAUUUUUCCUUGGCACCAUUCGCGAUGGAGUCGUUCAGUUUCCUGAAUCACACGCCAGGGGGAGGAAGACAGUGUGCGAAUAUUUGAAGAUUUCUUGCACGAUCCUCUGGGCCAUCUACAUCACCGAAGAGGAGAAGAUUGUGCUGCUGGUGGAAGAGACGAAAAAGAACGAGUCCAGUUACUACAUUGUGGCCUACGAUCAAGUCAAUGCAGCUUUCAGGAUGUUGUACCACUUACCUCGCUUCAUACCCAAAGACACUGAGAAAGGGUUUGUGAUGUUGUUGGGGCUGGAAGAAUACACGGAUUCCCUGCUGAUCCCAAGGGGGCUGUCCUAUAACCCAUUCAGCACAAUCUUCUACAUCUGGGGCAAUGUUGUAUUACAAAGCUACGACCUGGUUAAUUACAUUCUUCUCUCUGGCUUCCCACAAGAGUCCCCCAUCAGCUACUUCAUUCUGUCAUAUGUAGGGGAAGUCGUGUUUGUGACAGACUCGGAGGAGAUCUGGUUUUCUGUGGAAGGCAGCUCGGUCGUCAGUCGGCUUCACCCCUCCGAAGCCUGGGACAUGUACCUCAGCCUACAGCUAAUGAGAGAGUCAAAGGACUUUAGCUUGAACGAGUCAUUUGUGAGCCUCUUCUUUAACAAGGAGGGACUGCAGCAGCUGGUUUACAUAAUGGAUGGACAAGGGGAGGGAAAGCUGAUCAAGAGGAACUUCCCUCUCCAUUAUAUACUGUCGUACCAGCUCCUCAUCGUCAAUCAGUACCGUUCGGUGUAUUUCCACAAUGCUCAGAACAUCAGGUUCAUCCAUCCCUGCUCCUUUUCGGUCAUGCACCUCGUGGACCUCCCAGCCCCUCAGCGCUUCACCCGGAUGGAGCACUACUGCACCGAACCGCCGGAUGUCAUGGACAGCACAGGCUUCCACAACAACAUGUCUCUGGUUGUAUACCAGGGACUGAUCUUCCAGCUGCUCUGGCUGCAUGCAGACUAUAGCAGGCCUUAUGCUGACCCAGUCCAUGACCCAACUUGGCGCUGGUGGAAGAACAGAAAGAAAUACGCAGAGUACUUCUUUUACGUAGCAAGCAACGGCAACUCCUCCGGAGGUGUCUAUGUCAACAUGGAGAGCUACUUGAAGAUCUAUGACCUGCAGCCCAAUAACGAGCUGCCCAGCAAGAUUUACCUGGACAAGAAUAACGUCUAUUCUUUCUCGGUGUUCCUGAGCAUCAAGUUGACAAGAGAAAGCAGGCGGGAAAUGCUGGAAGAGAACUCCCUUGACUUUGUGUGGCUCACCAUCGUCUUAGCGCAUCCGAAGUUUGUGGUUUCAAACCUCCACCGGCACUAUCUGAUCGGCCGAGGCUCCAUACUGUAUACGGUGACCAUCAGUGACACCGGACAGUACGCGAAACAAGAGCUGAGUGGGACAAACCUUCUGAAGAGUUCAAUGGCUUUAAAGGUUAUAAAUGCAGGAACAAACUGUUACCAGUACACAGUGUCCGGCCCAAAACUCCAGGGCUAUGCCAUGGUACCAAUCUUAAUUGGCUGCCCCCCGGGCAAGAGGCUGGCCUUUGACAUCACCCGAACCCUGAGGUACACCACCAAACAGAACAAGCGGUACUUUGACUGCACCCACAAGAACCCAGAAUUACCGUGCUUCUCCUUUAGCGAUGUAUUUUACCCAUUCUUCUUAAUCCAAGACAUGGUGACAGGGGACUCGGGACCUUUCAUGGGCAGCUACGUGCUGAGGAUCAUUGGCGGAGGGCCAUACUCGGAGAGUAGGAUCCACAUCUACAGCCCGAGCGAAAUCCUCGACUAUAACACGAAAAAUGGCAGCACGCCGCAGAGUCUGAUCUGGAUGAGGGCUAAUCGCACAAAACCUCCCCUUACCAAUUCCGAAGGCUUCGAUAUCUUCUCCGGAACCGAUGGUGGGAUCAAAUGGGUCUGCGAGCAGAACUCCCCCUGUUACGAUGUGGUUCCCUUAGAGUUGACAGCUCCGGAUUACUUCUUUUUGGUGGAGGUGUCUAACAGGGCCGUGGACAACAGCACCUACUGUGACUACGACCUGGAGUUUGUGAUCCACAUUCAUGGCUUGCGGCUCAGCCCCUCCCGGGCAAUCACCUUUAUGAAGAUUUCCAUGGCCAUUCUCACCAGCAUUGUUGUCUUGUACAUCCUCCACCAAGUCCUGGGGCCCAUGAUUUGGGCCGGCUUCACCCGACUGAUCCAAAGGGUUGAAGAGGCCAUUGCUGUUUGGACAGCCACAGCCAGGGGAACUCCCAACACAUGCCCUCCUUGUAGACCAACAUCAGCAGCAACAGCCACAUGUCCCGGAGCAGCAUGGAAGAACUGGCCCCCCAGUGUCCUAUCAUCCCCGUCGCGAGUCCACGCCUGUAUCCAAACAUGCCUUUCCUCUCCGCAGUCUCAGCAGCCUGAGAGACCCUACACCUUCCUCCUCUGCUCUCUGCGUCUGGCCAGGACCAUUGUCACCAAGCUGGCAUUGCUGGGCGGCUUUUCCUGGCUAAAGCAGAGGGGAUCAGGGCUUUCCACAGCAGCCCUUGAGCAAACGAUAGUCAGUCAGAACUGUAAAGACCUGAACCCACGGGGCAUUGGUCUAAACGCCUCAGCUAGGCUCAGGCCAGUGGAGAAUGGCGGCUGGUAUUCCAUCAUCGGCCUUCCCCAGUUCAACUGAACAAGAGCUCCAUUUGACCGCCCAUUUCACUGCCCCCAGCCUUAUCCGGGAUGGUACCCAAGCUCCAGGCAGCGAGCAGCAGGUCUGAGCAGGAUCAGGAGCUAGCGAAACCUUUGGCUACAGGAAUUCCCAUGUUGAAAUCUCUCGCUUUGUUGAAUGAAUGAAAAUCUUCCCGUCUCCUUCCGGUUCCUUUUGUAUUUCCCACCCUUUAGCAGCAAGGUGAGGGGAGGCAGGUGGUUUCUGUGUGUUUAUGCAGGAGUGUUUGCUUAGCUGGUGCCUGCGCCGGGCUCCAUGGGACUCUUGUCUUAUUUCGGUUGUUCAAUAAACUCUCUCGUUGUCUAGGAGGUGA